CCUGAACAACCGAGAGUGAGCGAAGCCGCGGUGUCAACAAGAAGGGCUCGGUGUCGAGGAAUUAGGUGCAUCGCGCGUAGGAAGCAGAUCUAUUUUUAUUGUUCGUCUACUGUAAGAAUUCUUCUAUUUUUCCUGACAUAUCUUGGAGGCGUUUUCAUUGGCUAAAAUGGGUUGCCGUGAUGUCCAUGCUGCCACGGUCCUAGCCUUCCUUUCUGGAACAGCUGCCUUGUCGGGACUCAUUGCUGCCGCUCUGCUUCCGAACUGGAGACAAAUGAGACUCUACACCUUCAACAAAAACGAGAAGAAUGUGACUGUCUACACUGGGCUCUGGAUUAAGUGUGUUCGCUCUGAUGGCAGCAAAGACUGUGUGAUUUAUGACACGGAGUGGUACAGAGCAGUUGAUCAGUUGGAUCUGCGCAUUCUCCAGUUUGCUCUUCCCAUAAGCAUGUUAACAACUGUCUUGGCUCUGUUUCUCUGUUUGAUUGGCAUGUGUAACACAGCCUUUAUUUCAACUGUGCCCAACGUCAAGCAGGCCAGAUGUCUCAUAAACAGCGCAGGCUGCCAUCUUGUGGCCGGCCUCUUCUUUCUCCUUGCAUGUGUCAUUUGCUUGACACCAUCUGUCUGGGUCAUCUUUCAUAAUCAAAAGCUGAACAAAAAAUACGAACCUGUCUUUACCUUUGACAUCUCUGUGUACAUUGCUAUUGCCAGUUCAGGGGGCUUAUUGUUCACAGCCAUUCUCUUAUUCCUGUGGUACUGUGCGUGCAAAUCACUUCCUUCCCCUUUUUGGCAGCCUCUGUAUUCCCAUGCGCCCAGUGUGCAUAGCUAUGCCUCCCAGCCAUAUUCUGCACGAUCGCGCCACUCUGCCAUUGAAAUUGACAUCCCCAUUGUUACACACUCUUCUUAAAGAAUGGCUUAUGAAAUAUAAAUGCCUGUUUGCUCUUGCAUAAACCAGGAUAGAGAAGAUCAAGUGAUAUUUUCCUCCACUACCUUCAAGAUUUCUAUAAAUAAUCUGCAAAGGGUGUUUGCAAAGAAUUGCCAUUUUAACUUGACAUCUUUUACAACUUCUCUAUCUAGGUUUAUUACAGAUAGAAAUGUAAUCAGGCGAGCAAGCCCAAAUAUGCAAAGUCCUAGUUGUUUUGGUCUUGAUGCAAUUUACAGGCUUCUAAAUCCCAUCAAAACCAGUGGUGUUUAUAAGUUCAUAGGUAACAUAAAGAUUGGGACAUUAUUUGCUUUUAUAUUUUUUAGACUAGUUACAUCCAUGAAUUGUACUACCGAAAAACAAUCCCGCACAUGAAGCAUGAACUUGUAAGAACCUCUUGCAAACCCAGAUUUUCACCUGGAUUUUAAUAAUCUCCUCCAUUAAUAGCCAUUUUUGUAUUUUUAAGAAUGUUACAUUUGUCCUUCAGCCAUUCUGUCUUUUGGGGAAUGUUACAUUUGUCCAUCAUGUUGCUUCCACUUGUAGAGCAAUAACCAACAAACCCUUAAUUUUCUCUGCAUUACUGGAGCAGGAUCUGAGAUCAUGAAUGUGAAACCCUUACAUAUUAUGAAUUUGCAAAGCAGCAGUUGGUGUACAAAUCCAGUCCUGUGCCAAUUCUUGUUUUCUUUGUGCAUAUGCACAAACUAUCUGCUUGUAAACUUCAUAGAAUUACUGUCAGACUGAUCCUUGAUCUCCGUGAGAACUGAGAUUUAGAAGAAGCGUAAUAAUUAGAUUUCCCCCUAUAGCAACAGUAUAAACUGUAUUGUCUGAGAGGCUUUUGUUCUAUAGAAAAUGUUCCUUUAAAGCUAUAUUUUCCUCUUUAAAACAUAGGAAGUGACCAAAAUUCCAAUUUACUUAAAACAUAUUUAGUACAACAUCGAUAAUCCAAAUAGCCUCAGCUUUAUAAGUGUCCCAAAAAUCAGAAGUGUAGAUUAGUGGGAGUGCUAUUUUAUAUAGGCAUGUCUCAAUUAGGCUCCAUAGAAUGCUCCUCUGAUAACCUGGAUUUUGGAUGAUUAGGAUUGCUUUUGCUUUACCUUUUAAAAUCAUAAAUAUUUUACACAUUUGUUAUGUUAGAACAGAAUUAGAAUGAAAUCUGGUGCACUAUUCCUGGUGUGCUCUUUAACGCUCACCAAAUUCUAAAUUGUUUGACUGAAUCAGGAUUAAUUUUAUGGUAGCUGACAAAUGGGCAUUUGAAUGCCAUUUUCAGAAUAAAUAAGAUUGAAGGAGAUGAUUAUCAAAGGUACUGUUUGAUACAUAUAUUUAAAAAAUAGGCCUCCUGGUUUGUAGCUUGCACACCCAGGGUUUACCUUUUUACAUUUCCACCCUUACUCUUCUUUCUUAUUCAUUAGAUAACCGUUGUUUCUAUGUGGGAAAUUUUCCAUUUGGAGGUUUUUAUAUAUCUUUCUUUCUAGGUGGCUGCCUGGAAGACUCCUUUUCUCUUUUACUUUAAGUAGAAGUAGUGGAGAGAAGCUGAAGAAAGCUCAGGGUCUUGUUUACAAAUCUAUUUCUUUAAACCCAAUUUCUGUGAAGUGUUUGAUAUUGAUGUUUCGCCUACAUUUGAAAUUCUAUGUACAUCAA